GUUCACAGGUGGAGGAUCCCGGGGCCUACGACGCUGCCCUGGAGCAGGAAGCGCCGGUGGGCUGUGGAGAGGCCGGGUUCAGAGCUGGGAAGCACGCGGGGGUGGGCGCUGCAGCCGCGGGUUGUUUAUCUGGAGUACGGAGGGGAGGGGGGAGCCUGGAAACCGCCCCGUGUCCCAUUUCCUCCUCUUGUUUUCGCUCCGGAUUCUCCAUGUUGGACCCAAACUGAGGAGCCCGGAGCUGACGCCGGGGGAUCGGGGCUGGGGGCACCCGGGGGAGCCGCUGCCCCGGCCGCCCGCCCUCCUUACAGGCCACCUCCCUUCCCGGCCCAGGGAGGGAACGAGAGGGGGGAUGUGAACAGCUGCGGGAGUCGGAGUCUCGGGAGCCGGAGCAGGAGCCGGCCCCCGCCCAGGCCCCCCAGCCCAGCCCAGCCCAGCGUGCGCGCCCGCCCGUCCUCCCGCCCAGCCAGCCCGGGCCCGCGGGAUUGUUAGAUGGAACACGGCUCUAUCAUCACCCAGGCGCGGAGGGAAGACGCCCUGGUGCUCACCAAGCAAGGCCUGGUCUCCAAGUCCUCUCCUAAGAAGCCUCGUGGGCGUAGCAUCUUUAAGGCCCUCUUCUGCUGUUUUCGUGCCCAGCAUGUUGGCCAGUCAAGCUCCUCUACUGAGCUCGCCGCAUACAAGGAGGAAACCAACACCAUUGCUAAGUCGGAUCUGCUCCAGUGUCUCCAAUACCAGUUUUAUCAGAUCCCAGGGACCUGCCUGCUCCCAGAGGUGACAGAGGAAGAUCAAGGAAGAAUAUGUGUGGUCAUUGACCUGGAUGAAACCCUCGUGCAUAGCUCCUUUAAGCCAAUCAGCAAUGCUGACUUCAUAGUGCCUGUAGAGAUUGAGGGGAUCACUCACCAGGUGUAUGUGCUCAAGAGGCCUUAUGUGGAUGAGUUCCUGAGACGAAUGGGGGAACUCUUUGAAUGUGUUCUCUUCACUGCCAGCCUGGCCAAGUAUGCUGACCCGGUGACAGAUCUGCUGGACCGGCGUGGGGUGUUCCGGGCCCGCCUGUUCCGUGAGUCCUGUGUAUUCCACCAGGGCUGCUAUGUCAAGGAUCUGAGCCGCCUGGGGAGGGACCUGAGGAAAACCCUCAUCCUGGACAACUCGCCUGCUUCUUACAUCUUCCAUCCGGAGAAUGCAGUGCCCGUGCAGUCUUGGUUUGAUGACAUGGCCGAUACCGAGUUGCUGAACCUGAUCCCAAUAUUUGAGGAGUUGAGCGGAGCAGAGGAUGUCUACACCAGCCUUGGGCAGCUGCGGGCCCCUUAGCCUUCCCUGCUUCCAAGCAACGGCCAUCCUAGUAGGGGACUUUCCUACAUCGUGCCUUUAUGAUCAUCCCGACAGAGUGAAAGCUGCGGUGCCUCACCAGAUGGGGCCUGGAAAUAGUGAAAAGUGGUCUGAAAGAGCUUUAGGACAGGUUAGAUGCCAAGCGGGCAAAUAACAGACCAACGAUACCCAGAAUUACCUGCUCCCUGAGUUGGGUUCCCAAGAUGUGUAUGUGUUGAGUGUGAGUGUGUGUGUGUGUGUGUCUUGUGUGUGUGUGACUGGCCUUGAACUGGCCACAGGAUGUUCAGUGUUUCAGGUUGGGGGAGAAGUGGAAUGGUCAAGACUCUCCCCAAGUUAGUUCGUCUCCUCUGCAGUCACCCUAAGAGCCACUGAGCUCUGUAGGGAUGAAGACUAUUGAAGGCUCUCUUGCCAAACCCAUGGCCUUUCGUCAGUGUUGUAAGGCUUGUGCCAAGGAGAAAGGACAGGUCAGAGGCUGCCUUUGGACGUCCCAGGCACAUGCCUUUCUGAAGCCUUCUUCCAGCCAGCUGCUGCAGACAGACAACACUUCUGGGAAGAUGAGAACUUGUUUCCAGAACUGGCACCCUGGUCGCCAUGGGGUCCUGUGGCCCAAGUGCUGCACUUGCCUCCAGCCAAGUGCCUGGCGUGGACCCUUGCUGUGUCUCCUCAGUGGCUGGGGCUGGGCCUGCCUUCCUCCCCACCUAGCCAUAGUCUUGAACCUGUGGGGGAGGAGGUCUUCUCCCUGCCUUGGAAGAGGACACAGAACUGAUUUCCGUUCAUUCACUCUGUUUUAAAACUCUCUUUCUAAAC